CCGCAGCCGGCUCCCGGCGGGCGCCGCUUCCGCCACGUGUCCCGCCGGGCCCGCUGGUUGCCGCGGCGACGGGAACCUCUCCCGCCCCUUCCGGCCUCGCAUGGCGCCGUCUCUUCCGCUGCGGGGAGUAAUAUGGGGACAAUACACCUGUUCCGCAAAUCACAGAGAUCAUUGGUUGGAAAGUUAACACAUGAAUUUAGGUUGGUUGCAGCAGACAGAAGGUCCUGGAAGAUUUUACUGUUUGGUGCUAUAAAUUUAAUAUGUAUUGGCUUCCUGCUCAUGUGGUGCAGCUCUACAAACAGCAUAGCUUUAACUGCUUACACAUAUUUGACAAUCUUUGACCUUUUCAGUUUGAUAACAUGUCUAAUAAGCUACUGGGUAAUGAUGAAGAAACCCAGCCCAAUCUAUUCAUUUGGGUUUGAAAGGUUUGAAGUUCUAGCUGUAUUUGCGUCUACCGUUCUGGCACAGCUUGGUGCUCUUUUUAUACUGAAAGAAAGUGCGGAGCGGUUUCUGGAGCAGCCUGAGAUACACACGGGACGACUCCUGGUUGGUACUUUCGUGGCUCUCUUUUUCAACUUAUUUACAAUGCUUUCCAUUAAGAAUAAGCCUUUUGCUUAUGUCUCUGAAGCUGCCAGCACAAGUUGGCUUCAGGAACAUGUUGCAGAUCUUAGUAGAAGUAUUUGUGGAAUCAUCCCAGGAUUGAGUAGCAUCUUUCUGCCACGGAUGAACCCUUUUGUCUUGAUUGAUAUUGCUGGAGCUCUGGCUCUUUGCAUUACAUACAUGCUCAUUGAAAUCAACAAUUAUUUUGCUGUGGACACAGCCUCUGCUAUAGCAAUUGCUUUGAUGACAUUUGGUACCAUGUAUCCCAUGAGUGUCUACAGUGGGAAAGUUCUACUCCAGACAACCCCACCUCAUGUGAUUGGCCAGUUAGAUAAACUUCUUAGAGAGGUUUCAACUUUGGAUGGUGUGUUGGAAGUUCGAAAUGAGCACUUCUGGACGUUAGGUUUUGGCACUUUGGCUGGAUCGGUCCAUGUCCGAAUUCGGAGAGAUGCAAAUGAGCAAAUGGUCCUUGCCCAUGUCACUAACAGAUUAUACACAUUGGUCUCUACCUUGACUGUUCAGAUUUUCAAAGAUGACUGGAUCAGACCUACCUUAUCAUCUGUGCCUAUUGCAAACAACAUUCUGAACCUUUCGGAUCAUCACGUUAUUCCAAUGCCGUCUUUGAAAGCUGCUGACAAUUUGAGCCCUGUUACCUCCACUCCAGCUAAGCCCAGCAUUCCACCACCAGAAUUUUCUUUUAACACACCAGGCAAAAAUGUGAGUCCAGUCAUCCUUCUAAACACUCAGACAAAGCCCUAUGGAUUGGGCUUUAAUCAUGGAUCUGCACCCUACAGCAGUGUACUCAGUCAAGGACUUGCAAUACCGGGAAUUGGAGCAGCUCAAGGAUUCAGAACUGGUUUUGCAAAUGUGCCAGGCAGAUAUGGAACAAACGCUCGUGGUCAGCCCCGACCAUAAUAAACACCAUUAUUUAUUAUACUUAAGGGUAUUGACUUAAUUAUUUUAUUACCCAAUUUUUAUGAACAUUUGGAAUGUCACAUCAUUCUGAAUGGCUGGGAACAAGUGCAUUGUUCAUAUUCAUGAAGUGGUUUAAAAGCAGUUUUUUCCUUCGCAUCAGCAGUAGCCUGUGUAAUGCCACAGAUAUUUUGCAGAUUUACAGUACUUUACAAGUAGUUUUUAUAGGGUGUCUAUUUCUAUUCAUCUUUUUUAUCCACUUUUCUUCAUUUAUCCAAGAAUGUAUUGAGAUGCAGCACAACUCCAUAAGAGAAUGAAAUUGUGACCAGGUAGCAUUUUUUUUCCUGAUGAAAAUUACUGAAUGCUGAAUAGCAGAGUGUAGGAAAUGGCAGAAACACAAGUCCCAAUUUUCAGACAUGUUUGAUUGCUGUAUUAAGCCAUGUUUGGGCCAAAUCACAAUUAGGUUUUGGUUGCAAAAAUCCAUCAAUAUUCAUGUUGUGGCCAUUGUGAAAGCAAUCUGGCAGUUCAGGUUGUAAUUGAUUUUGUGAUACCGUGUUUUUACAUUUUUAUUGAUGCUUUUAUAGAAAUUCAGAUGGUUCAGCAACCAUUUUCUAGUUGUAAGUAUUCCAUACUCAUCUCUGAUAUUUCUUACUUUUUGGUUUAACUGCAAAAUUAUUUAGCAAUAUACUGGGAAAUAAAAUACUUAAAACUU